GCGGCAGCGCCAGCGGCAGCUCCCCCGUCCCUCCGGCGGCGGCAACAUGGCCUCGGCCGGUAACGCGUCGGAGCCGGAGACCAGCAGCAGCGCGGGCGGCGGAGGCCACCCCGGCCGGGCGGCGAGGAGCGGCGGCGGGAGGCGGCGAAGGACCGGAGGCAAUCGGCGCGCCGCGGCGCCCGACCGGGAGUAUCUGCAGCGGCCAAGCUACUGCGAUGCGGCGUUCGCCUUGGAGCAGAUUUCAAAGGGGAAGGCGACGGGACGGAAAGCGCCGCUGUGGCUGCGAGCAAAGUUUCAGAGACUGUUGUUUAAACUGGGCUGUUACAUUCAGAAAAACUGCGGGAAGUUUUUGGUGGUCGGCCUCCUGAUAUUUGGGGCUUUCGCUGUAGGAUUACGGGCGGCCAACCUGGAGACCAACGUGGAGGAGCUGUGGGUGGAAGUUGGUGGACGAGUGAGUCGAGAAUUAAAUUAUACACGGCAGAAGAUUGGUGAAGAGGCCAUGUUUAACCCUCAGCUCAUGAUUCAGACUCCACAUGAAGAUGGUGCCAAUAUACUAACAAUAGAAGCACUCAGACAGCACCUUGACUCUGCACUUCAGGCCAGCAGAGUAGAUGUUUAUAUGUACAACAGAAAAUGGAAAUUGGAACACUUAUGUUAUAAAUCAGGAGAACUCAUCACAGAAGCAGGGUACAUGGACCAGAUCAUAGAAUAUCUUUAUCCUUGUUUAAUCAUCACUCCUUUGGACUGCUUCUGGGAGGGAGCAAAGCUACAGUCAGGAACUGCCUAUCUAUUAGGGAAACCUCCUUUUCAGUGGAUCAACUUUGACCCCUUAGAAUUCUUAGAAAAGUUAAAAAAAAUAAAUUACCAAGUGGAGAGCUGGGAAGAAAUGCUGAAAAAAGCAGAGGUUGGUCAUGGUUAUAUGGAUCGACCUUGUCUGAAUCCUGCUGAUCCCGAUUGUCCAAUCACAGCUCCCAACAAAAAUUCCACCAAACCUCUUGAUGUGGCUCUUGUUUUGAGUGGUGGAUGCUAUGGACUGUCAAGAAAAUACAUGCAUUGGCAGGAGGAAUUGAUUAUAGGUGGUGCAGUCAAGAAUAGUUCUGGUAAGCUUGUCAGUGCCCAGGCUUUGCAAACCAUGUUUCAGUUAAUGACUCCUAAGCAAAUGUAUGAGCACUUCAAGGGGUAUGAAUAUGUUUCACAUAUCAACUGGAGUGAGGAUAAGGCAGCAGCAAUUCUGGAAGCCUGGCAGCGGAUGUAUGUUGAGGUUGUUCAUCAAAGUGUUGCAGAAAACUCUACUCAGAAGGUGCUUUCCUUUACCACAACUACCCUGGAUGACAUUCUAAAGUCAUUUUCUGAUGUCAGCGUUAUCAGAGUAGCUAGUGGCUACUUACUAAUGCUUGCCUAUGCCUGUUUAACAAUGCUGCGGUGGGACUGUGCAAAGUCUCAAGGUGCUGUGGGGCUGGCAGGAAUCUUCUUGGUUGCGCUCUCAGUGGCUGCAGGACUGGGUCUGUGCUCAUUGAUUGGAAUUUCCUUUAAUGCUGCCACAACUCAGGUUUUGCCUUUUCUUGCUCUUGGAGUUGGUGUAGAUGAUAUAUUCCUUCUGGUACAUGCAUUUAGUGAAACAGGGCAGAAUAAGAGAAUUCCAUUUGAGGACAGAACAGGUGAAUGUUUGAAGCGAACAGGAGCAAGUGUAGCCCUUACAUCUAUCAGCAAUGUUACUGCUUUUUUUAUGGCUGCCUUAAUCCCUAUUCCUGCUUUACGAGCAUUUUCACUCCAAGCAGCAGUUGUGGUGGUAUUCAACUUUGCUAUGGUUUUGCUGAUUUUUCCUGCUAUCCUGAGUAUGGACCUUUAUCGUCGGGAAGACAGGAGACUGGAUAUAUUCUGCUGUUUUACAAGUCCGUGUGCCACUAGAGUGAUUCAGAUUGAACCUCAAGCAUAUGUGGAAAACAGGGAUAAUACUUGCUACAGUACACCCCCAUACAGCAGUCAAAGUUUUGUACAUGAAACUCAGAUUACAAUGCAGUCUACAGUGCAGUUACACACAGAAUACAAUCCUCAUGCACAGGUGUUCUACACCACAGCAGAGUCUUGUUCAGCAAUAUCUGUGCAGCCGGUGACAGUGACACAAGAUAAUAUCAGCUGCCAGAGCCCAGAAAGCACAAACUCAACAAGAGAUUUGCUUUCCCAUUUCUCAGACUCCAGUAUGCAUUGCCUCAAGCCACCCUGUACUAAAUGGACACUCUCAUCUUUUUCAGAAAAGCAUUAUGCUCCAUUCCUGCUAAAACCAAAAGCUAAGAUUGUGGUUAUUUUUCUUUUUCUGGGUUUACUUGGGCUCAGCCUUUAUGGAACUACCCAGGCUAGAGAUGGACUGAAUCUCACAGAUAUUGAACCACGAGAAACCCAGGAUUAUGAUUUUAUUGCAGCACAGUUCAAGUAUUUCUCAUUUUACAAUAUUUAUAUAGUAACACAGAAAGCAGACUAUCCCAGUCCCCAUGUCCAGCACUUACUUUAUGAACUUCACAAAAGUUUCAGUAAUGUGACAUACAUUUUGUUGGAAGAGGAUAAGCAGCUUCCCAAAAUGUGGUUGCACUACUUUCGAGACUGGCUGCAAGGACUUCAGCAUGCAUUUGACAGUGACUGGGAAGCUGGGAAAAUCACUUAUAACAAUUAUAGAAAUGGAUCUGACAAUGCUGUUCUGGCUUACAAACUCUUGGUGCAAACAGGCAACCGAGCAAAGCCCAUUGACGUCAGCCAGUUGACUAAACAACGCUUGGUGGAUGCAGAUGGAAUCAUUAACCCAAAUGCUUUUUACAUCUAUCUGACAGCCUGGGUUAGCAAUGACCCUGUGGCCUAUGCUGCCUCACAAGCCAACAUCCGGCCUCCCCACCCAGAAUGGGUCCAUGACAAAGCAGACUAUAUGCCAGAAACAAGGCUGAGAAUUCCAGCAGCUGAGCCCAUAGAAUAUGCUCAAUUUCCUUUCUACCUCAAUGGAUUGCGUGAAACUUCUGACUUUGUGGAAGCUAUCAAGAACGUGAGAGCUAUCUGCAAUAACUAUGCUGGCCUGGGGAUUGCCAGCUACCCAAAUGGCUAUCCAUUUCUAUUUUGGGAGCAAUAUAUUGGACUUCGUCACUGGCUCCUCUUAUCCAUUACUGUGGUUUUGGCUUGCACAUUUCUGGUGUGUGCCCUCUUCCUCCUGAACCCUUGGACAUCUGGCAUCAUUGUGGUGGUGCUGGCUCUGAUGACUGUGGAGCUGUUUGGCAUGAUGGGUCUAAUUGGAAUAAAGCUGAGCGCAGUGCCUGUGGUUAUCCUGGUUGCUUCUGUUGGCAUUGGUGUGGAAUUCACUGUUCAUAUUGCUUUGGCAUUUUUAACUGCCGUAGGAGACAAGAACCGUAGGGCUGUCCUUGCGUUGGAACAUAUGUUUGCACCAGUGUUGGAUGGAGCUGUGUCCACUCUGUUUGGAGUGUUAAUGCUUGCAGGAUCAGAGUUUGAUUUUAUUGUCAGGUAUUUUUUUGCUGUUUUGACAAUCUUAACCAUUUUGGGAGUUCUCAAUGGAUUGGUGCUGCUUCCUGUUCUUCUUUCACUCUUUGGACCGUACCCUGAGGUUUCUCCAGCCAGUAGACGAAAUAAAUUACCAUCUUCUGAGCCACUCCCCAGCAUCGUGAGGUUUGCACUGCCACUCAGGCAUAUAAAUAGUGGAUCAGAUUCCUCUGAUUCUGAAUCCAGCUCUCAAAAUGCCAACAUCAGUGAAGAACUCCAUCAGUAUGAGGCUAUUCAAGGCUCUGGGGCACCAGUCCAUCAAGUAAUAGUGGAAGCCACUGAGAAUCCUGUCUUUGCAAGAUCCACUGUGGUUCAGCCAGAGACAAGGUAUCAGUUGAGUCCCAGAAUUCAAUUAAAUCCAGAGGCUGGCAUUCAACAUUCACAACAUCAGGGCAGACAACCAAAAUGGGAAACAAGGGAAGGGAUGCAAUCACCUCCUUACUGUCAUUGCAGGGACGCUUUUGAAAUUUCUGCUGAACAGCUUUCAGGACCUAGCAAUAGGGGUUGCUCGGACCACAAGGCUUGUUCUUAUAACAUGAGAAGCCCAGUGUUUGUUGCCAUGAGUGGCUCAGAACCAGUUUACUGCCAGCCUAUCACUACUGUGACCGCCUCAGCUUCAGUAACUGUUGCUGUCCACUCUGUUGUGCACAACCACAACUCCUGGGGAGGGAGCUUUCCAUCCUACAAGGAAUACUAUGAAGUUGACCACAGGCCAUUUGAGGACCCCUAUGUGGCUUUUGAUAUGUGGUAUGAAAGAAGAAAUUCUAAAGUACAAGCUAUAGAACUGCAAGAUGUUGAAUAUGAAGAAAGGAUACCUGACAACAACUCAGAAUAAGGUAGAUCUGUCUCCUGUAGGGAGUUUUACCUGUCUUGGGCAAUGAUGUUAUUAAUGAUGCUUCUAUACCCUAGGCAUCCUGUAGCAGUCUCAGGCUUUAAAUCCUGAAAGGUAAUUUAUUUGAGUGGUACAGUGGUAGAAACAGUUUGAGCUGGGUACCUCCACAGACGGACCCUGAACAAAGAAAUACCUUACAAUCUACAUUUCUCAGCCCUCACAUCAUAGUUUUGUCAAAUAAUAAUAUUUAGGUCUGGGGUCUUCUUGUUCUUCAUUGGUUCUCUUAGUUGUCUCUAGACAGGCCAUUUCUUCUCUUAUCUGUGACGAUGCAGCUUCUGCUGAUGGGGGUAGUGACCUUCCUUGCUUCCUUAUCUUUCAUUGUGAACUGGCUCUUCGGCCUCCUUUUACUAAACUAGGUAAAAGUUCAGAGUAUCUAGGCUUGCAGCCUGAGGCUUCAGCAAAUGUAGCUACUAAUGCUAAGCAAGUUAUGCUAAACAAGUUCUUUAUAAGUAGCAUACCAAAUUGCACAAUAGUCUCCUCUUUUGUUUUUAUAGGCACACCUGUCUUAUAAAGGGUCAUCAAGAAGGGUAUGUCUAUACCCCUGCAUUCUUCUAAGUAUUAUGUUUAUUAAACAAGCCUGAACAUUUUGAAAAAGGCAACAGAACAAUAAGAGCAUAACAACUACAGGAAGUAGAAUUUUAAUAAGAGUGGCUAAUAAGCUUGAUGACCAAGAAUUAGUUCUCCAGUGGUUGAACAGUGUUUCCCACCAAUCUUUUGAGGGGCCUGGGUGUAGAUGGGAGACUAACAAUCUAACAGUUAGCAUUUGUUAACACUUUGCCUGUGUUCUUGACAUAGGAACAGCAAGAUUAAUAACUGAACAAACACUCCCUUGACUGGCUGACAAUAAAUCUAAAGCCAUUCAGUUUUGAAACACCAUUUUAGUUGGUUUGCUAUUGCUUGUAUGGAGGCAAUAGCCAGAUUAGAGUUAGCUGCUGUACUAUUAAUAAAAAGUGUCAAGCAAUGGAAGAAACUCAGGAAGUAAACUGUUCUGAGGUUGGCCUAUUAGGGUCACUACCCAUUCUGAAUAUACAAAGUAUCACUAAAAAAGGAUCCAAGGAGUGUCAAGAGUAUCAAUAUUACAAGGUCCAAUAUAUAAUAAAUAUAAAGGAUAUACAAUUAGAGCUAAACAGGCUGAGCACAACAAAUGUAUUUCAUCUGGAUGUUAUUCUCAAAUUAUCAAUACCUUGUAUUGUUUUAAAGCUCUUCUAACUUUUAGUGGCUGGUGUAGUUUGCAUGCACAGCACCACUUUAUGUGUCCAGAGGCACCUUCCCUAGUUAUACUUCCCUUAUUUGAACUGUCAACAAUAUUCCCAAUUAUCUUUAAAACAAUUAUUAGCACACCUUCUAGGAUGACAUGGACCACAAUUGUUACAAAAUAACCAAAGCCAACCAUACUGCAGGACUGAUGGGGUUCUGCAUAGGUGUCAGUUAUUAAUUUAACUGAUAUUCUUUAGAAAUUCAUUUAACAUGUGAGUGAUGAAUCCAAUUGUCUUUCCCUGUAACUUUAAAAACAAAAGAAGAAGUUAGUAGCACAGUAUAUGGACUCUCCCAGUUAUAGUCCAACUUUGUUUUGCAAGAAUAGACUUUUAUCAUUACUGUAUCCUCAGAUUGGAUAUCAUGUACUUGCAUUCCUGCUGGUACUGGUUGAAGUCAUUGUGCUUGUACUUUAUUUUCCGGCAGAUGUUUUCAUAUUCCCAUGCAAAUUUGAUAACGAAAAAAAUUCUUACUUUUAUUUUUUUUUUUAGAAUAAGUAAACCUAUGACAGUGUCAUUUUCCAUUCACGUAGUAUCAAGAUCCAUUGGUGAACAGGGUUAGAUACAAGUUGUCUAGAGGUUGAUCUCACAGAUCUUCCUUUAGUUGGUUGGGGUGAAACACUACAUCAGUACAAUCAUGAUGCAACUCACCAUCAGAGGGAUUUGGUGAAUUCAAAACAAUGCAUCUUUUCAAAGUAAUAUUGUCUGCUUUUAAAAUUGUUAAUUCAUAACAAUGUGCUCUUUGUGGGAACAAUGUUUGUGUAGCAUGUCUUUUAAGAAUCAGUUCUACUUCAUGCAGGGGACACAUAGUUGUUGGGUGACCCAGAACCAAUGGUCUGCUCCUUUUCAUGAUAGUUGCUGUUGCUGCUGUCACGUUGACACAGGAAUUAUUCCC